UUCUGCAAGUUAACCAAUCAAAAUUGAGAACAACAUGUUCGUUUCUCGUAUUUAUGGCUCUUACCCGUGACAUUUAUAGUGAACGUUGAGUAUUUUUUGAUUGUUCAUGCUUUAGUUCUACGGUUGCUAGUGAUUGAAAGCAAUUGAAAAAGUCAUAUAGGAUUGUAAUUCAGUAUGGCAUCUACAGCGAAAGUGGGAUUUCAGGAUUUACCUCCAAAGGGAGGAUACGCACCUUAUCAAAUUGAACGAAUUAAUUUGCGUACUGUUAUUGGAGGUAAAAGUGGUAUCGCACUGUUCUAUGCUACUACCUUUAGUGGAUUUUAUCUAUAUUAUCUAAAUCGUAAACGUGUGGCUAGAAAUAAAAUUGAAAUGAGAAGCUCACGUUUAGCCCUAAAACCAAUGCUGGAAGCAGAAAGAGACAGAGUAUUAAUGAAACAUAUGCGGAGAAUGAUUGAGGAAGAAGCUGAUCUAAUGAAAAAUGUUCCUGAUUGGGAAGUAGGAACUUUCUUUGGAGAACCAAUAUAUUAUUCAAUACCAGAAGAUGAAUACAUUGAACCUUCAUUGGACGAACUUACAGUGUUUUCUAAUCCUAACGAUUAUAAAAUUCGUAUGGUACAAAAGUUUUACUUUUAGAAUUUACAUUGUCAAAACUGAUACAAUAGUGUAUUAUAGAAUAUAGAAAAUAUAAAUAAUAAAAUUUGAUUAUUAUAAGUAUACUAAA